AUGCAGGUGCCACUCCAGCUGUGGCUCAUCCGUGCCAGCACCGGCCGCUCCCUCGUCCUCACCUCGUCCGAGUGGGCCCUCGUCUUCCGCUCCCCGCCGGCGCCUUCAUCCGCCUCGACCCCGGCCUCGCACACCGACACCAGCGUCUCGGUCGUCGUCGAGCUCUUGCCCAGAGAGGACAUCGACCUCGAGGUCGCCACCCUCCUCCACAGCCGCGUCAACACCUUCAUCCCCAUCAUCACGCACGCCACCGCCCUCGGCGCGACGUACGACUGCCCCUUUGCCGGCCCCGGCACCGAGCCCGUCAACCGCAUCCUCGGCGUCGACUUCUUCUGCCUCACCUCGGGCGCGUUCGACUACCUGCACGCACCGCCCUCGACCCACUCGAGCGGUGAGUACGCCCCCGAGGGCUCGGAGCCGUCGGCCCUCGAGCACCCGUGUCAAGGGAUCCGCCGCAUCCUCGCCAGCUCCAGCUUCUACUAUUCGAGCGGGCCCGACGCGUUCGACCUGUCAACCCGGCUCCAAGCGCGCCUCGACAAGCUCUCGCGAGCGGCGACCACGACGGCCGGCGGCGGCGGCGGCGGCGGCGACGACGACGAUGACGGGCCGACUCGAGACGGCUAUGCCGCCGCGGCGCUCGACCACGACUCGCGGUUCCUGUGGAACACGUACCUCGUCGCGCCGCUCCUGUCGUUCCGUUCGUCGCUCCCGCCCGACAUGCGCGACGUGUUUGACGAGCAGGCCUUCAUGGUGCUCGCCAUCCAGGGCUACGUCGGCGUGUACGACAUCGCGCUCGGCGGCGAGCCCGCCGUGCUGAGCCUCGUGAGCCGGCUCGGGUGGAAGCGCAGCGGGACGAGGUUCAACGUGCGCGGCGUCGACGACGACGGCGGCGUCGCCAACUUUGUCGAGACCGAGACGAUCCUGAGGACCCGCGACAUGUGCUGGUCCUACGUUCAGACGCGUGGCUCGGUGCCCUUGUUCUGGGAGGAAGGCGGCGGCCAACCGUUCAACCCCAAGAUCACCAUCACGCGCCCGAUCGAGGCGUCGCUCCCGGCCUUCCUGCGCCACUUCGAGGACCUCCUCGAGCACUACGGCGCCCUGCACUGCAUCAACCUGCUCGGCUCGAAGGAGGGCGAGGCGGCCCUCACGCUCGCGUACGAGGCGCACCUGCGCGCGGCGGCCGACGCCGACGACAACAUUGCCGGCGAGGUCGACAUGACGGCGUUCGACUUUCACCAGCACGCCAAGGUCGGCGGGAUCGAGAGCGUCAAGCACCACCUCGCGAGGGCCGUCGGCGAGGUGAGCGAGGGGUUCGGCGCCGAGGCGUGUUCCGCACCAACUGCAAAGUGUCUCGACCGCACCAACGCCGUCGAGGACUCGCUCUCGCGCUUUGCGCUCGAGGACUUUCUGCGCAGCACGCAGCCGACGUGGCUCGGCUCGAGCGAGUCGACGUCCCUGUGGAGCAGCCACCGCGUCCUGUGGGCAGAUAACGGCGACGCGCUCAGCAAGAUCUACGUCGGGACGGGCGCCAUCAACACGUCGUUCACGCGCUCGGGCAAGAAGUCGCUCGCCGGCUUGCUGUCGGACGCCUCGAAGAGCGUCAACCGCGUCUUUCAGCAGCAGCUCUUCGACACGGGCAAGCAGCGAGCCAUUGACGCCCUCCUCGGCAACCUCGCGACGUCGCGCAAGGUGCGCAUCUUCAACCCGAUCGACGACGCGCUCCGGGCGCAGCUGCGCGCCCGCAGCGACGAGUUCACGUCGCACGAGCCCGCGACCAUCUGGGUCGGGACGUACAACCUCAACGGCAAGGCGCCGGGCGCCGAGUCGCUCCUGCCGUGGCUGUUCCCUGCCGAUGGUCCAGAUCCGGCGCUGCUCGUCAUCGGGUUCCAAGAGAUUGUGCCUCUGUCGCCGCAGCAGAUCAUGUCGACCGACCCGGCCAUGAAGCGUCGCUGGGAGGCGCGCAUCCUCAAGACGAUCGCCGACCGGCCCGACAAGAAGAGCGACUAUGUCCUGUUGCGCUCGGGUCAGCUCGUCGGCACGGCGCUCAUCGUCCUGUGCAAGAAGGAGGUGGCGGGCGAGGUGAGGAACGUCGAGGCGGCGACCAAGAAGACCGGCGUGCGAGGACUUGCGGGCAACAAGGGCGCCGUCGCCAUCCGCCUCGACUACCGCAACACGACCCUCUGCUUCCUUACGGCCCAUCUCGCUGCCGGACACAGCAACGUCGAGGAGCGCAACCAGGACUAUCGCACGAUCGUCGACGGGCUCCACUUUGCGCGCGGCAAGACCAUCUCGAGCCACGAGAACGUCGUCUGGGCCGCCGACACCAACUACCGCAUCUCGCUCCCGAACGAGCAGGUCCGCCCACUCGCCGAGUCGGACGACUACGACGCGCUGUACGACGCCGACCAGCUCAACAGCGCGAUGCGCACGAGGGGCGUCUUUGACGGGUACCAGGAGGCGCCGCUCGUCUUUCGGCCGACGUACAAGUACGACAACGGCACCGACACGUACGACACGUCCGAGAAGGCGCGCAUCCCGGCCUACACCGACCGCAUCCUGUACAAGGGCCACGACCUCGACUGCUAUCGGUAUCAGCGCGCCGAGCUCAGGACGUCCGACCAUCGUCCUGUCUACGCCCUGUUCCGCGCCCGCAUCCGCAGCGUCGACCACGACAAGCGCGCCACCCUGCGCAAGCAGCUCCUGCAGGAGCUCCUCUCGCACACGUCCGACGAGACGCUCGACGACAAGCUCGCCCGGUUCGCCAUCGGCUCGUCGACGGGCAAGAAGACGCUCCCGCCGCCGUCGGACGACGACCGGGCGUGGUGGAACGAGCCGGACGGCACGUUCAAGCCGCCGACUGUCCCUCCUCGAGCGCGCAACCCGGCCGUCGCCAACCCGUUCUCGCCCGACUACUACCUGACGGGCGAGUCGUCCGUCACGUUCCUCAACGGCAACGGCAAGGUCCCCGGUCCGCCGCAGCAGCGUCGCGCGCCGCCAGCCGUGCCGCAGAAGCCGCCCGCACGGCCGCCUGCGCCCUCGACGGUCAAGACGGGCGACCUCGUCGACCUGUCCGACUCUGCCUCACCCACUCUGCCCGCCAUCUCCACCUCGACUUCUUCGCCGACAUCGGCGGCGGGUCCGCCGUCGGCCUUUCACGCCGUGAGGCGCAAGCCUCCUCCGCCGACCCUGUCCGACACGUCCGGCUCGGCGUCGCCCGUCGCCGCCGCCGCCGCAAAGGCGCCGCCACCUGUACCGCAACGACCAGCUCAGUCGGCAGGAGGGAGGCCGGCGAGCCUCGCUGGGUCGCAGACGCUGUCGGUGCCGGGCGAGGUGGACGCGCAGGGGACGGGCGACAGCUGGCAGAUGAUUCCGUAGAUCCGGCGUCCGGCGAGCAUGCUAUUGAAGCUGUCUAGAGAUCGCUCGUG